GAGAGCGACCGACUCCAGUCGCGAGCCCUCGAGCCGCCUCGCCAUUGGCCAGCACGUCCCGCGAAUCACGCGCGAGCAAGUUCGCCCAGAAGGAGCAGCGAUUUAUAACCGUACGGACUUUAAUCUCUCUAAACGCUCUGCACUCAUUGUCCGUUUUUGUGGAGGAACUGAAGCUUUUCAGGCUCUCCGCGCUGCUCGGCUGACAACUGACUGUUUUUAUCGGUUAGAAUAAAAGGGCUUCGUUUUAGAUGUGAAGGUAACGGUCGGAUGUAACGCUGCCGGACUGUAAUCUUCUCUCAGUGAAGUGUGAAACGCAACAGAGUGCUUCGGGCUCGCAGCCUGGAGCGAAGAGCAGCCGCAGGCAACAACCAGGAGAAGAAAAGCGGACAGAACCGAGCUCCAACAUUUUCUCCAACUUCACCUCCAGCACCAACUUUAGCAUGAUGUCGUAUCUCAAGCAACCACCUUACACGGUGAAUGGGCUGAGUUUAACCACGUCCGGGAUGGACCUCCUGCACCCGUCCGUGGGAUACCCAGCUACUCCUCGAAAGCAGAGGCGGGAGAGGACGACGUUUACCCGCGCGCAGCUAGACGUGCUCGAGGCGCUGUUUGCCAAAACGCGCUACCCGGACAUCUUCAUGCGCGAGGAGGUGGCGCUAAAGAUCAACCUGCCGGAGUCCCGCGUACAGGUUUGGUUCAAGAACCGCAGGGCGAAGUGUCGCCAGCAGCAGCAGCAGCAGCAGAACGGCGGUCAGAACAAGGUGCGUCCGGCCAAGAAAAAGAGCUCCCCGGCGCGCGAGGCCAGCUCCGAGAGCGGAGCGAGCGCCGGCCAGUUCACGCCGCCCGCCAGCAGCACCGUGUCGGCCGUGCAGGCAGCCGCGUCCACCACCACAGCAGCGGCGCCCGUGUCCAUCUGGAGCCCGGCAUCCAUCUCUCCGCUGCCGGACGCGCUCUCCACGUCCUCGUCGUGCAUGCAGCGCUCCUACCCGAUGACGUACACGCAGGCGUCCGGCUACGGGCAGGGCUACGCGGGCUCCGCCUCCGCAUACUUUGGCGGCGUGGACUGCGGCUCGUACCUGGCGCCCAUGCACCACCACCAGCUGUCCGGCCCGGCCUCGGCGCUCAGCCCUAUGGGGGGCGGCGGCGGCGGCGGCGCGGUGAGCGGUCACCUCAACCAGGCGGCGGCCACGCAGGGCUAUGGCGCCUCGGGCCUGGGGUUCGGCUCCGGCGCCGACUGCCUGGACUACAAGGAGCAGGCGUCCUCGUGGAAGCUCAACUUCAACGCCGACUGCUUGGAUUACAAAGAUCAGACUUCGUCCUGGAAGUUCCAGGUGUUGUGAGAGCGAGGAGCGUCCAAAAAACACCAACAACAAACAACAAAACACUGAGACACUAAGAUCAUAACAAAAAAAGACAAAACAACAGACACCGCAGACCUGCCAUGCUUCCAAAACACUCGUACACAAAACAAAUUGAAAGUGUUCCGUGCUACGUGAAACUAAGACGGGUGCAUGGAUGCUGCCCUGACUCACAGGUGCGCGUGACACGGUCAUAAGGUCAUUAUGAACGGGCUUAAGGCGCUUGCGCAAUCUGUGUGACCGCAGGCAGUCGUUGAAGGAAAAGAGUCCAAGAGAGUCUGUAAUAACUUAGAUCACAGCCACGGAACAAACCCGCACCCGAGAAAAAGACAGAAGGAACACAAAAAAGAAAAAUCGAAACCACCCUAAAGGCUAAAGGAGCCAGUGCUGGGUUGAAGUGUUUGGGAAGGGCAGGUUCUUCUAAAGCCUCUUAAAGCUCCACGUUGGCAAGACGAGAGACACUUCCAUCAGGACGAUGAAAGAGAGAGAGAGAGAGAGAAUGAGUGUGUGUGUGUGUGUGCGUGUGUGUGUGUGUGUGUGUGUGUGUGUGUGUGUGUGCGCGCGCGCCCGCGCUGAACGCCUCCCGUGGCGACCUGGAUGCACUACUU